GGGAAGUCCAAGUGUGAGGGUUUCUGUCUCUUGAGGCGGUGAGCGUGUAAGUCCAGCCGCCCUCUCCCACGCGGAGUCCAAAACAAGCCAACCAGUCAGUUCUUACUCCUGUUGGGUGUUUCCAUGCUCUACCAUGUUGAGGGCUAAGAAUCGGCUUUUUUUAUUUUUCCCUCAUUACCUGAAGAAGGUAAAAGAAUCAUCGGGCUCCAGGCUUAUAUGGCAACGCCUUCUACACCAGCAACAACCACUUCACCCGGAAUGGGCUGCCCUGGCUAAAAAGCAGCUGAAAGGCAAAAAUCCAGAAGACCUAAUAUGGCGCACCCCAGAAGGGAUCUCUAUAAAGCCCUUAUACUCCAGGAGGGAUACUAAGGACUUACCUGAAGAACUUCCAGGAGUAAAGCCAUUCACACGGGGACCAUAUCCCACUAUGUACACCUUUAGGCCCUGGACCAUACGCCAGUAUGCUGGCUUCAGUACUGUGGAAGAGAGCAAUAAGUUCUAUAAAGACAAUAUUAAAGCUGGUCAGCAGGGAUUAUCUGUUGCCUUUGAUCUGGCAACACAUCGUGGCUAUGAUUCAGACAACCCUCGAGUUCGUGGUGAUGUUGGAAUGGCUGGAGUUGCUAUUGACACUGUGGAAGAUACCAAAAUUCUUUUUGAUGGAAUUCCUUUAGAAAAAAUGUCAGUUUCCAUGACCAUGAAUGGAGCAGUUAUUCCAGUUCUUGCAAAUUUUAUAGUAACUGGAGAAGAACAAGGCGUACCUAAAGAGAAACUUACUGGUACCAUCCAAAAUGAUAUACUAAAGGAGUUUAUGGUCAGAAAUACGUAUAUUUUUCCUCCAGAACCAUCCAUGAAAAUUAUUGCUGACAUCUUCCAAUAUACAGCAAAGCACAUGCCAAAAUUUAAUUCGAUUUCAAUCAGUGGAUACCAUAUGCAGGAAGCAGGGGCUGAUGCCAUUCUGGAACUGGCCUACACUAUAGCAGAUGGAUUGGAGUACACUAGAACAGGACUCCAGGCUGGCCUGACAAUUGAUGAAUUUGCACCACGGUUGUCUUUCUUCUGGGGAAUUGGGAUGAACUUCUAUAUGGAAAUAGCAAAGAUGAGAGCUGGAAGAAGACUCUGGGCUCACUUAAUAGAGAAAAUGUUUCAGCCUAAAAACUCUAAAUCUCUUCUUCUAAGAGCACAUUGUCAGACUUCAGGAUGGUCACUUACUGAGCAGGAUCCCUAUAAUAACAUUGUCCGUACUGCAAUAGAAGCAAUGGCAGCAGUAUUUGGAGGGACUCAGUCAUUGCACACAAAUUCUUUUGAUGAAGCUUUGGGUUUGCCUACUGUGAAAAGUGCUCGAAUUGCCAGGAACACACAAAUCAUCAUUCAGGAAGAAUCUGGGAUUCCUAAAGUGGCUGAUCCUUGGGGAGGGUCAUAUAUGAUGGAAUCACUCACAAAUGAUGUUUAUGAUGCUGCCCUGAAGCUAAUUAAUGAAAUAGAAGAAAUGGGUGGAAUGGCCAAAGCUGUAGCUGAGGGAAUACCUAAACUUCGAAUUGAAGAAUGUGCUGCCCGAAGACAAGCUAGAAUAGAUUCUGGUUCUGAAGUAAUUGUUGGAGUAAAUAAGUACCAGUUGGAAAAAGAAGAUUCUGUAGAAGUUCUGGCAAUUGAUAAUACUUCAGUGCGCAACAAGCAGAUUGAAAAACUUCAGAAGAUCAAAUCCAGCAGGGAUGAAGCGUUGGCAGAACGGUGUCUUGCUGCACUGACCAAAUGUGCUGCCAGUGGAGAUGGGAACAUCCUGGCUCUGGCUGUGGAUGCAGCUCGGGCGAGAUGUACAGUGGGAGAAAUCACAGAUGCCCUGAAAAAGGUCUUUGGUGAACAUAAAGCUAAUGAUCGUAUGGUGAGUGGAGCUUAUCGCCAGGAAUUUGGAGAGAGUGGAGAGAUAACAUCUGCUAUUAAGAGGGUUCAUAAAUUCAUGGACCGUGAAGGUCGCAGACCGCGUCUCCUUGUAGCAAAAAUGGGACAAGAUGGCCACGACAGAGGAGCGAAAGUCAUCGCAACAGGAUUUGCCGAUCUUGGUUUUGAUGUGGACAUAGGCCCUCUUUUUCAGACACCCCGUGAAGUGGCCCAGCAGGCCGUGGAUGCAGAUGUGCAUGCUGUGGGUGUGAGCACGCUCGCGGCUGGCCAUAAAACCCUGGUUCCAGAACUCAUCAAAGAGCUUAGCACCCUUGGACGGCCAGAUAUUCUUGUCAUGUGUGGAGGGGUGAUACCACCACAGGAUUAUGAAUUUCUAUAUGAAGUUGGUGUUUCUAAUGUAUUUGGUCCUGGGACGAGAAUUCCAAAGGCUGCUGUUGAAGUGCUUGAUGACAUUGAGAAGUGUUUGGAAAAGAAACAGCAAUCUGUAUAAAGUCCUGUUUCUACUUUUUCUUUUUUCUAAUAUAAUUCUUUCAGUUAUGAGCAAGCAACUUAAUUUCAACAGCUGAUAUGUACUUCCCAUGAAAGCUUUAUGUUAAAAUGCCUUAUAAGCAUGCUGUCACGUUACGUGUGUAAGUAGAUGUGUAGUUUCACUUGAACAAUUAAAAGUUCCUAAAAAUCUUCUGUAACAAUACUUUACCAGAAGCUCUAGACAAAUGUAUUAUUUUUAAAAAUCAUGAUGUUAUAUUUAUUAGAAACAUUUCUUAUAAAUCUGAUUACUUUUUAUUUUAAGGAUUACAUUUUACCUAAAAAGAUAUGACUAGUCCUGUUCUUAAGUUCAACAUUACAUUGACUUGAACACCAGAAAAUAAAAUCUCUAUAUUAAUAAAAUAAAACACUUGUCUUGAAAAAAUAGUAGUGGAUAUUUACGUGAAGAAAUAGAUUAUGGUUGUGGUCCUCAGCCAUUUCCACCAGAAUCACCUAAUCACCUGACUUAGAGUAUUAAGUCAAACACAGCAGCUGAGGACAGGAAGGAACUGGCAGCCUGUUUCUUCAUGUCUGAUUAUACUUUUUCCUGAGCAUGACCAUGUUUGUUAUUGCCAGGCUUGGCUCAAGACCCAGGAGAGUGGAUGUUGAUGAACAUUUCCUUAAAGUGCUUCAGUGGUUAUUACGCUUUGUCCAAAAUGAUGUUGUUAGUGACGGAGUAUACGCAGAUGAUAUAAGAAGAACUGAACUUUCCAGAUCCAGAAAGAUGCUACCUUGCGUAGCCUUCCUCAUUAAAGUAAAAAUUGCACCAAGAGCACCUGUACUUUGCUGAACAACUUGCUGAUUAAAGAAGGGAAAUUGUCCUUUCUUUUUAACAUGAUCCAUUAAAUAAAUACAAAAUAUGUAACAGUGAUUGUGUCGUAAUGAGUAUCUAUUUUAUUUUAUUAGAUCAGAGAACAAUCUCUUGGAAGUUAUAAGAUUUAUAUAUUGCUGUAAAAUUUGAAAGCUACAUUGUAAUACAACUUCUUAAACUUUAGAACAUGAUUAUGUAUUAGAAUACUAUUAAGUAAUGGUUAGGGUUUCCAUUUUACAGAUGAGCAAUUGUACUUCAGGUCCAGUGAUAUACUCACUAUGCCAUUUUCUAAUAAAGAAUGUAUAUUAAUUUAAUAAAUAUUUGGUUUUUAUGAUGUAUUCAGUUAUGUGCUGGGUGACCUGUGAAAUAAACAUGAGAAAUUUA